AUGUUAGCCACGAAAGUCUUCAGAUCAGCGCAGCCGCUGAGGAGUAACGUCCGCCGCUAUGCUUCGCCUCCUGGCCCCGCCAGCACCGGCUCCUCAAACAACGCCAUCUACGCCCUCCUCGUCGGCGCCGGCGUACUAGGAGGAGGCUUCUACUACUAUCGAAUCACCGAACCAAAACCCGAAGCGCAUGCUCCCGCCUCGGCAGACGAACGCAAGACCGUGCCCGAACCCGAAGCGCAUGCUCCCUCCUCGGCAGACGAACGCAAGACCGUGCCCUCCUCUCCCGCUCCGUCAGCCUCGGCGCCUCAAAAAGCCUUCCGCGGCGGAGACCAAGGCUUUGUCGAUUUGAAACUCGAGUCCGUGGAGGAGAUCAAUCACAACACGAAGAAAUUCCGCUUCGCGCUUCCCAACAGCGAUGACGUCUCGGGCCUCUCAAUCGCGUCGGCACUGCUCACCAAGUACAAAGGGCCCGAGAUGGAGAAGCCGGUCAUCAGGCCGUAUACGCCUACGAGCGACGAGGACGCCAAGGGGUAUCUUGAUUUCGUCAUCAAGGUGUAUCCGAACGGGCCGAUGAGCGAGCAUUUGCACGCCAUGAAGCCCGAUCAGCGGUUGGAUUUCAAGGGGCCGAUCCCCAAGUACCCGUGGGAGGCGAACAAGCAUGAUCAUAUCGCGUUGAUUGCCGGUGGAACGGGCAUCACGCCAAUGUACCAACUCGCGCGCGCCAUCUUCAAGAACCCGGCCGACCGGACCAAGGUCACCCUCGUCUUCGGCAACCUGACCGAGGCCGACAUCCUGCUCAAGCCCGAGUUCGAGGACCUCGAGAACACCUACCCGAACCGCUUCCGCGCCUUCUACGUCCUCGACCGGCCGCCCGAGGGCUGGGCGCAGGGCAAGGGGCACAUCACGGCCGAGCUGCUCAAGACGGUGCUGCCGGAGCCCCGGGAGGAGAACGUCAAGAUCUUCGUGUGCGGGCCGCCGGGCCUGUACAAGGCGGUGAGCGGGGCGAAGAAGAGCGUGGCGGAGCAGGGCGAGCUGACGGGCAUGCUGAAGGAGUUGGGGUACCGGCAGGAUCAGGUCUAUAAAUUCUAG